CAGAAGAGGAGAAAGCCUCCAUGUCUCCUGCUCUCCUCUGGGGAAAGGCUGCUCUGUUCUUUUUUGAAUCCUGCUGUGUUGCCAUCAUGCCUCAAACCAGAUCCCAGGCACAGGCUACAAUCAAUUUUCCCAAAAAGAAGCUAUCUCGGGCUUUGAACAAAACCAAAAACUCUAGUGACACUAAACUACAACCAACAAAUGUCCAGGCUAUACCCUCUUCUGGUGUAAAGAGUCUGCCUCUCAGCCCUAGAAAACGUCUAGGUGAUGACAACCUAUGCAACACUCCCCAUUUAUCUCCCUGUUCUCCACCAAAGCAAGGCAAGAAAGAGAAUAGCCCCCCUCGUUCACAUACACCUAAGGGACGGAGAUUGGUAUUUGACAAUCAGCUGACAGUUAAGUCUCCUAGCAAAAGAGAACAAGCCAGAAUUCAUCAAAAUAAAAUACUUCCCUCAGUUCAAAAAGAUCAGGAGAUCAUAACAAAUUCUGAACAGAAAUGUCCAAUGGAGAAAGACUCUGCACGUUUGAGAUUAUUCAAGCAAGAAGGUACUUGCUACCGACAAGCAAAGGUUGUCCUGAAUACAGCUGUCCCAGAUCGGCUGCCUGCCAGAGAAAAGGAAAUGGAUGUUAUCAGGAAUUUCCUGAGGGAACACAUCUGUGGGAAAAAAGCUGGAAGUCUGUACCUUUCUGGUGCUCCUGGAACUGGAAAAACUGCCUGUUUAAGCCGAAUUCUGCAAGACCUCAAGAAGGAAGUAAAAGGCUUUAAAACUAUCAUGCUGAAUUGCAUGUCCUUGAGGAAAGCCCAGGCUGUAUUCCCAGCUAUUGCUCAGGAGAUUUGUCAAGAAGAAGUAUCCAGGCUAGCUGGGAAGGACAUGAUGAAGAAACUGGAAAAACAUAUGACUACAGAGAAGGGCCCCAUGAUUGUGUUGGUGUUGGACGAGAUGGAUCAACUGGACACCAAAGGGCAGGAUGUAUUAUACACACUCUUUGAAUGGCCAUGGCUGAGCAAUUCUCGAUUAGUGCUUAUUGGUAUUGCUAAUACCCUGGAUCUCACAGACAGAAUUCUGCCAAGGCUGGAAGCUAGAGAAAAAUGUAAGCCACAGCUAUUGAACUUCCCACCUUAUACCAGAAACCAGAUAGCCGCAAUCUUACAGGAUCGACUUAAUCAAGUGUCUGGAGAUCAGGUUCUGGACAAUGCUGCAAUUCAGUUCUGUGCCCGCAAAGUCUCCGCUGUUUCAGGAGAUGUUCGAAAAGCGCUAGAUGUUUGCAGGAGAGCUAUUGAAAUUGUAGAGUCGGAUGUCAAAAGCCAGACUAUCCUCAAACCACUGUCUGAGUGUAAAUCAUCCUCUGAGUCUCUGGUUCCCAAGCGUGUUGGUCUUACUCACAUAUCCCAAGUUAUUUCAGAAGUUGAUGGUAACAGGAUGACUUUGGGUCGAGAAGGAGCACAGGAUUCCUUCCCUCUCCAACAGAAGAUCUUGGUCUGCUCUUUGCUGCUUUUGACCAGGCAGUUGAAAAUCAAAGAAGUCACUCUGGGGAAGUUAUAUGAAGCCUACAGUAACGUCUGUCGUAAACAGCAGAUGGCAGCUGUGGACCAGUCAGAGUGUUUGUCACUUUCAGGGCUCUUAGAAUCCAGGGGAGUUUUAGGAUUAAAGAAAAACAAGGAAACCCGAUUUACAAAGGUGUCUUUGAAGAUUGAUGAGAAGGAAAUAGAGCAUGCUCUGAAAGACAGAGCUUUAAUUGGAAAUAUCUUAGCUACUGGAUUGUCUUAAAUUCUUCUCUCACAUCCACCCAAAAGUAUUCAGCUGGCAUUUAGAGAGCUAUGGAGUCUUCAUUUUAGUACUUUAUACAUUUGCUCCAAAACCAAAUAUGACUUUUUUUUACUCAACAGCAAGGAAUUUUAAUCUAUAGAUUCAUGAAUAUUAGCACAGAAUAAUAUCUAUGGGUCUUAUUUUUAAACAUAAAUGAAUAAGUAAACCCUUUUUAAAUUAAAUUAACUGCCUCUCCCACUUGUGUGUCUAUAACCAGCAAGUUUGCAAGUAUACAGAAUUAUAUUGUGGAAUGUGUAAAUCUUUACCUCUAAGUUUCCUCAAACAUUGGUAUAUUUUCUUAAGAACUCGGAGGUUAGGGUAAGAAGAAUGAAAAAGAAUGAGGAAAAAAAAAGUCUACAUGGAGAUUUGAAGGACAUUUCAUUUCUUUAUGGAGAACUACUAUGUUCAUGGUGCUGAAUUACCACAUUGUGACAUUUUAAAGACGGUCAUCAGAGUUUUUUGGAUACUCCUAACCUUGUGGGGGUAGUUAGAAGAAUGUAACUUUACAGAUUGUGAAUAUAUUUAUUUAUUUUCAA